CUGACUGGUUUCUUUCCUUGUGAUCAUGUAUUCCGUUCUAACAACGCGUAAUCAGUUGUAAAGUUACAGUCUGUCCGCCAAAAAUUCAACAUCAAGAAUCAACAAUUUCCUGGUCGAUCUGGUCGAUUUGUUCAAGUUCCCAAUGGCUUCAGUAUUUGACUUCAUCCGUUCUGCCGUAAUCAUUUUGGGGAUCGGGUUCAAUGCGCAGCAAAACCGCAAAACAUGGAUGUGGGGCGACUCCGUGAUGAUGGCGGCGUAUUCACUGUCUUUGUUUCUAUUUCCAAUGCUUUUGUUUCCAGGGACAAGUUCUACUAUGCUGGCCUUCCUGACUCGUGUUUUCGCAUCUCUGUUAAUGGGCCUGGCCAGUUUUUUGUAUUUGUCCAGAAAAACGAGAGAUGAAAAUGUUGUGGGAGUAAAUCUGUGGACAAGAUUAAUGAGCAGUAUGUUUGUAGUGAUCCUAAUGGUGUACACUUAUUUCCACAAUCCUGGAGAAAUUCAAGAAAAGACAGUGUACUUUGACCUGUCAGCAUUCAUGCUACUGCUGGUUGCCUCUGUGUACCAGUUCUGGCGUGGGGGAUACAGGGUAGGAGGCCGAGAACAGAAGGGGCACGUGAGCACCGUGCUAAGAAUCAUCUUUCUUAUGGACUUCAGCUUCGGUAUCCUGCACUUGGCCUUCCCAUCCUGGGUGAUCCCAUCACAGAAGCUCAAUCCUCUGGAAACAUUGAUGAUGCGAGAGAUUGGUGCCCUAGUCUUGGGUCUCUGUUUGAUUUCCCUGUUUGCCACGACUUUCCAUUACGAUGAGGACCGGGGAAAUUUCUUCUUUUCAAACAUAGUGUCCUCUGGUAUGAUGCUGCUGUGCCUGAACUAUGCGUACUUCAAAGACGGGCUCUUUGACCACAUGGAAACCCUUCGCCUUCACUUAGCUUUUGUUCCCAGCUUCCUUGCCAUGCUAGGACUCUACCUGCACUGGAGACACGCACAGGGGAACCAGUCUGAAUACAACCUGAGGUCAAAGUCAAAGUGAAUGCAUCAUACAUAGGUCAAGGUCCUUCUGAUUUCAUCCUAUCUGGGUUAUGGGCACAGUGAUCUCACCUGAUAUGUAGGCCUUAAUUUACAGACUUGCUGGUCACUCUUAUUGUUUGGCAGCUAUAUGACUGUCUUGUUGUAUACAUUAAAAAAUGUAAAGUAAAUAGCAUGCCUGUAUGAAUUUUGAGAAAUAUUAUUAUUUCAUAAUAAAUUAAUUUACAGAGUUAAUGACAAAGUUUGAUAAAUGUUCUUUUUAUGCAAAAAUAUUGUGGCAAUAUAUAACAUGCAAUAAAGGAAAGAGACAUGUUUGUUAACAAUUUUAAAUGUCUAAUCUAAAUGGCUUUCUAAUUCAUAACUGUACAAUUCCAGUAUGUCAUAUAAACAAUAAAUGUUAAUGUUUAAUUUGUUAAUGGUUUUAUAAGUAAGUAAAUAACUUUAUUGUGUAAUUGUCAAAUGAAUUUCUUAAGUGUGUAUUUUGCAAUAUUUUCUAUGAAGUUGUAAACUGAUCUGUUGUUUGUAUUUUAGUCUCAUAGGUAAAUGGUGUUACAAUAUAAACCAGUGUGUUCUAGCCUUAUCACUUACAUUUCAGUAUAGUUGUGCAUCAGUUCUUCUGAAAUUGCUUGGAUCCUCUGACAGUUUCUUUGUUUAAUUUUGAAAAUCCAGAAGUGAUUCCAACAUAAUUAAAUUGCAUUUCCUUGUUUCUGUUAAUUUAAUAAGAGCAAUGUAUUUUCUAGAAAAAUAUUGGAAACGAAAAGCCGGCAGGGUUCCCAGCUGACCUGGAAAUCAGGGAAAACCUGGGAAAAGACUUUAACUUUUUCCAGUCAGGGAAAAGUCUGGGAAUUUGGAAAAAGUUCCUGAAAUCAGUGAAAAAUCAGGGAAUUUUGUUUGGUCAGACAUUCCCGACUUGUGUCGAGAAGUCCAUACGAUUAAAACAGCAAAUCGAUUCCUCUGCAUGGUUAUGUCUGCAACUGCUAUUUAUUUAGGGUGUCUAAAACAAGAAAUAGGUCGAAAUUAUGAUCCUAGAAUUUGUAUUCUCCAUCAGGGAAAAAUCAUUGAAAAAUCAGGGAAUUUUAUUCAUACAAAAAGCUGGGAACCCUGGCCGGUUAUUUCUAAAUAAUUAAUAUUUACUCCUUUAAUAUAACACCUUCCUAAGAACAAAAGUAUUUCAUAUCUUGAGCAUUAUGCAAAGGUAAGCAAGUGACAGUUUGUGUUCCCUUUGUAAAAUUGUAUGCAAACAGUUCACAGAACCAGUGAAGUGUAAUUGCAAACUUCAGGAAACUGUAAACAUGAGAUAAUUAUGCUUACAGUCGAGAGUUAUAUAAUUUAUACCAAAAAAACUACUGAUCAAUAACAGGUGUUGAAAUUAUAAGAUUUAAUAAUUUCCUCAUGCAAUUGUACCAAUGCAUUUGUACUGUUAUGUGAUUAAUGAAAUUAACGCUUAUGAGAGUUCAAUUAUUGAAGUGCCCUGUUUAAAGGCAGUUAAGUUUCAAUAUUUAUUUUGAGAAUUGUUUGCAUAUUCAUAAUAAAUAUAUAUUAUGAUAAAAACAAUUUUUUAAUCUUGCAUAAGCCUUUAAUUGUUUUCCCUGUUUUUGCUGAUACUGAUUUGUUCCUGCCAGCUGCUACAUUAGAGUACCUCCUGUCUGUGAAUAACCUGGACAUUUGAGAAGGACUGAUUCGUGUAUUGAAACAACAUUUAUAACAAUUUAUAUUUCAGCCAAAUUCACACUUGAAGUCACUUAAAUUUUAUGUUGUAUUGUUACUGAUAAAAUAUUGACUUACUAAAAAAAUAUAAUUUGUAUUAUAUUUUAAAGAAAACCAAAAGAUAGUAAUAGCAGUCGGUAAUUACCAUUGUUAACAUUUUAUCAGCAGAUUCCUUUUUGUGUGAAAUCUUCUCUUAAUAGGUUUUUAAGUCAGGAAUCUUAUAUUUAAUUUUUUUUUAAUUAUAUAAGUAUUGGUUCAAUUUUGUUAUAUAGACAGUGUUUAUAUGUAUAUGAAAUGUGCCAUGGCUAUGCAAGUUCAAUAUAUGUAGCAUGUACAUUUUUUAAUGUUAUUUUGAGUUCAUAAGUAAAUGUGCACAUUUUUAUAUACUCAGGUAGUUCCCACAUAGUUCAUUGUAGCUUGUGUCUGUGCUGGUAUCUGAUAAAGAAGCGUUUCACUCAGUAUGAAUAAUUGAGCAGCAUUCUGUCAAAACUUGGUCUUAAUUUAUGUGCUUAAUUGUGUUUGCACUCUGCACAUGCUCUCUGGGAGACCACUGCAUACAUGCAUUUAAUCCCAUUCUCCCAAAAUGAGGCUUUAUUUAAGAAGAUAUGUUAACAUGUUAAAUGUUUGUGCAUUAAAAUGUCAUUAAAAUUAUGAAAACUGUUUUACAAUAACCAUGAUUGCUGGUACAUACUGUUGUAUUUGUUCCCUUAAAAGUAACAGAAUUAAAUGCUGAAUGCAAACUUACCUUCUUAAAAACAUCUGUAUGAUUGUGUAUUAAUUUUGCUUCAGUAGAUUGUUUUGUUUUUCCUUUAUAGCAUGUAUUUAUGUAAAUCAAAUAUAAUGGCAGCUUAUGGUAUUGUAAUAAAGUAUUGCAUGGUAUUGGUAAACAUUAUUUGCAAAUAAUGGAUCUGUAAUGUUUAGUAUUCAUGGUAGUCAUGUUUAUGAAAUUAUUGUUCUUGAGUUUAUCGACAUCUUCUUUUGCUAUGACGACAUGUGAAGUUUUCCAGUGAUCUUUUACUAAUAAACAUCAUGGCAGACCAAAUUGUACAAAGGUCAAACUAUUCAGAACCUUCAAUUUUUGUUGUUGUUUUUUUCAUGACAGUGUUGGAAUAUGUUUGUUUACUUAUUUAUGUUGAUCUUAAUCAGGUAGCAAUAACCUUCCUUUAUCUGGAUAAGUUUCUAAAGCAAGUAUCUAUAUAAUAAGCACAAUAUAAUAUUUUUAACUACAGAUAUAUUAUAAAUAAAUUGUGCACUAUGGAGUAGAUAUAGCUGAACACUGAGUAAACCAACUAUAAGGACCUACCUGUUUCUAGUAACUAUUUAGGGAAGGUAACUGCAAGGUCACUUUACAUGAAUUAUUUGUAUACAAUUAUUAUUGUAAAUCACAUUUGAUGUUUUUUUAAUGAAAUACAUUUCCAACAAUUACUUAUAACAUUUUAGCACAUUUUACAUUUUAACAUGCUUGUAUAUCUUGAGUGAAAAUGGUAUGAUGUCUUUAAAUGUACUGUAAUGUAUAUUUUUUUGCUAUUUUGUCCAAUAAAUUUGUAACCUCAUAAAUA